UAACAGCUCAUACAGAAACAAAACCGACAGAGCUAGCAACACCAAUCUAUGAAAACCCGCUCGUUUUGACUUUUUUAUAGAUUUUAUCUACAUUAUACUUAUUUGAAGAAUUACGCGAAAAGAUGGGAGUGCCUAAAUUUUACCGAUGGAUAUCAGAGCGGUAUCCGUGUCUAAGUGAAGUUGUCAAAGAGCAUCAGAUUCCAGAGUUCGACAAUCUUUAUUUAGAUAUGAACGGUAUCAUCCAUCAAUGUUCCCACCCUAAUGAUGAAGACGUGCACUUCCGUAUUUCUGAGGAGAAGAUAUUUGCUGAUAUUUUUCACUACCUGGAAGUACUCUUUCGCAUUAUUAAACCUAGGAAAGUGUUUUUCAUGGCGGUCGAUGGAGUAGCACCCAGGGCCAAGAUGAACCAGCAACGUGGACGAAGAUUCAGGUCAGCAAAAGAAGCUGAGGAUAAAAUCAAGAAGGCUUUGGAGAAGGGUGAAGUUUUACCCACAGAGGCCAGAUUUGAUUCUAACUGCAUCACUCCUGGAACGGAUUUCAUGGCCAGGCUGCAGGAUCAGCUUAAAUAUUUUGUUCACAAUAAACUGUCCACAGAUAAAUCAUGGCAGGGAGUGAAUGUGUACCUGUCUGGUCAUGAGACCCCUGGUGAAGGAGAGCACAAAAUAAUGGAAUUCAUUCGCGCUGAGAGUGCCAAACCAAAUCAUAAUCCAAACACAAGGCACUGCCUUUAUGGUCUAGAUGCCGAUCUGAUAAUGCUUGGCUUGACCAGCCAUGAGCCAAAUUUUUCUCUCCUCCGAGAGGAGGUGCGUUUUGGAGGCAAAAAGUCACAAAAGAGGAUAACAGCACCUGAGGAGACAACAUUUCACCUGCUCCAUCUCUCCCUAAUGAGGGAAUACAUUGACUAUGAGUUCUCAGAGCUCAGGAAUAAGAUCCCUUUUGAGUAUGAUGUGGAUCGGAUCAUAGAUGACUGGGUCUUAAUGGGUUUCCUGGUGGGCAAUGACUUUAUCCCUCAUCUUCCUAACCUUCACAUCAAUCAUGAUGCACUACCGCUGCUCUACAGAACUUAUAUCAGUGUGCUUCCCACUUUAGGAGGUUACCUGAAUGAAAAUGGUCACCUCAACCUUGUAAACUUUGAGAAGUACCUGGAGAAGCUCUCAGAUUUUGACCGGGAGCACUUCAGUGAAGUGUUUGUGGAUCUGAAGUGGUUUGAGAGUAAAGUGGGGAACAAGUACCUGAAUGAGGCAGCUGGGUUGGCGGCUGAGGAAGCUGAUGCCAAAGGCGUGAAGAAGAGCAGGUCUGUAGAUAACUCCCUGUGUCUUGCUGCUCUUGAUGGAGUUAAGGACACACACACUACAGGAAAAGAUGGCACAGAAGAGGACGGUGAGGAUGAUGACAUGUUUGAAGCAGAGUUUCGCCAGUAUAAGCGCACCUACUACAUGACCAAGAUGGAAGUUGAAGUCGUCUCAGAUGAGUUUUUGGCCAAUCAGGCUAAAUGUUAUGUGGAAGGCAUCCAGUGGAUUCUGCAUUAUUACUACCAUGGAGUCCAGUCAUGGAGCUGGUAUUAUCCGUACCACUAUGCCCCCUUCCUUUCUGAUGUGAGAAACAUCUCUAAUCUCAAACUGACCUUUGACCUUGGCAAACCCUUCAUGCCUUUUGAGCAGCUUUUGGGUGUCCUGCCCGCAGCCAGCAAAGAUCUACUUCCACAGUGUUACCAGCACCUAAUGACAUCAUUGAGCUCACCUAUUGUUGAGUAUUACCCACAAGACUUCAAAACGGACCUAAACGGCAAGCAGCAGGAGUGGGAGGCUGUGGUGCUCAUCCCAUUUAUUGAUGAGAAAUGUUUAUUAGCAGCGAUGGAGCCCUACUCGCAUAAACUGAUGCCAUCUGAGAAGGCCAGAAACAGACAUACUGAAUGUGCUGUCUACUGCUUUGAUAAAGAGCUUGACUAUGCCUACGACUCUCCUGCCCCCCAGAUCUUCCCAAAUAUCAUCCACUGUCAUGUCAGGCAAACGCCAAUCCCGAUGGACGCGUGGCGUUUGUCAGUGGAUCACGUGAGGUGCAGGUUUGACAGAGGAGCGCUUUACUUCUGCGGUUUCCCCACCUUACAGCACAUCCGUCAUAAAUUUUAUAAAAAGAAAAGUGGGGUGAUGGUGUUUCAACAAAGCAGCAGGGGAGAGAACAUGAUUCUGGAGAUUUUCCCUGGCCAGGUGGAGCAGGUGGAUGAUGUUUCAGCUUUGGUUCUGGGAAAGACUGUGUUUGUUAACUGGCCUCAUCUAAUGGAAGCUCGCAUUGUGGCUGUUUCAGAUGGAGAAACAAAGUUUUUUUUAGAGGAACCUUCAGGACCUCAGUUGCUGUAUAUGGACGACACACCACCCCCUACUAAAGUGACCCGUCUGACUGAUAAAGAGCAGAAAGAAUGGAUUAAAGAAGUGCAAGGCCUCUCAGAAUACUAUGGCAGGCGUAAGGGCAUUGUGAUCAGUGACACAGAUGUGGUGUUAUAUGCCCAGUUGCUGACGGGAAGAAAAUAUGUCAUUGGUCAAAAUGGAACCGUACAUUUGGAGAAGCAGUUUGCCAAACAGAUCCUGCCCUUUCCAUACCAGACCAUUGUGAAGGAUAUCAAAGCAUUUGACUCCUCACUGGCACGCUUCAAAACAUUGGAGGAGUUGUUUACUCCAGGAACUUCUGUCUUUAUGGUUGGAAAUCCAUAUUAUGGUGCAAUGGGAGAUGUGCAAGAUUCUAGUGAUGUCAUCAAUGAAGGACGAGUCAGAGUGGUCUUUUCUGUACCAUGUGAACCUCAACUGGAUGCCUUAAUACAGAACCAGCAUAAAUACUCUGUGAAGUAUAGUCCCGGGUAUGUGCUCGCCUCCCGCCUUGGAAUCACCAGCUACCUCGUCUCAAGGUUCUCCGGUAGCAUCUUCAUCGGAAGAGGAUCCAAGAAAAAUCCUCAUGGAGAGCAGAAAGUAAACGCUGGCCUUAAUCUCAAGUUCAACAAGAAGAACGAGGAAGUUCCUGGUUACACCAAGAGAACAGAAAAGGAGUGGCUUUACUCUGCUGCUGUGGAAGAUCUUUUAGCUGAAUACUUAGAGAGAUUUUCAGAGGUAUUUGACUAUGUAGCGAGAAACAGUCAUGAUGACGCCUUUUAUGAAGAUGAUAUCUGGUCAGGAGAAGAUGAGAAUGGGGCUGAAAAAGUCCAGGAGAUCCAGGCCUGGUUGAAAGCUCACCCAGUAAGCUCUUCUUCUCGAGCUUCAUGUGACCUGCAAAUCCUGGACGCUGGCAUUGUCGAGAAAAUUGAGGAAGAGCUGGAGAAAACAAAGCUCAAAAAGAUGAACAAGAAAGUACGAGUGACUGUCAAGCCCCACCUGCUCUUCAGACCUCUGGAGCAGCAGCACGGUGUAGUACCUGAUCCUGAUGCAGAAUAUCUUCUAUUUGAUCGCGUUGUCAAUGUCAGAGAAAGCUUUUCUGUUCCUCUCGGGCUUCGGGGAACUGUCAUUGGUAUCAAAGGAGCUGAACGAGAGGCUGAGGUUCUGUACGAGGUUCUGUUUGAUGAGGAAUUUGCUGGAGGUCUCACUAUCAGGUGCUCUCCUGGACGUGGAUAUCGAUUGCCCCCCAGUGCCUUAAUUAACAUGAGCCAUGGCAGCAGGAAGGAGCAGGGAUCACACAAACUCACUGCCAUUGUCAAACCCCAGCCCUCCUCCCAUCUCACACAAAAGAGCCACCUCGGCGGCCUUAACCAUUCUCCACGUUCACCCUUUAUACCUACACGGCAGCAGAAUGGCAGACAAGGUGUUAAUCACAGUGCUGACACUCAGGGCAACAGAAACUCGCCUCAUAAAGGCCUCAACCAGAAAAACCAACACAAGGGCUUUAGCAGUGAGAGGGAGUUCAGUAAUGUAUGGCAAUCCCUGCAGGGUACAGGAAUGCCUCAGAAACCACCUGCUCACUGGCAAAACAAUGCUGGGAAAACCAGUGGGGUAGUACCACAACAGCAGCAACCAGAGGGACAUAAUAAACAGAGUGAAUGCAAUGAUCCAUCCAGUAAACCCGGCUUUGGUGGCAACAUUAGACUUCUAAAGAGAAAUGAGGAUUUAAAUUCUGCUCACUUACAAGAACCUUCAAAUAAGGUAUCUGCAGAAUUUGAGGAGCUUAUUGCCAAUCUCAAGAUUUCAAAGGAUCCUGAGCCGGCCCAACACUAUACAACUAAAGAGCCCAAGAGCCAAUCAGGAGAACCUCUCUCUCCUCAAUCCUUUGCCAUGAAAGGAACACUUAUGUUGAAAGAAAUGUUGAAAAUUGACAGUUCUGGGACAACUUCCUCUGCCCCUGAGUCUACUUUACAGUCUGAAGGCCAAUACUUUAACGCCCAACAGCAGAGCAAGAGACGCUCCAGCAAAAAGCUAGCUGCUCGGAUAAACACACCUCAGACUGAGGCCCCGCCUCCUCCUCUGGUUGGACAGCCACCCAUUCUGCCCAGCAUGGCUGCUGAGCUUGGCCGGAUGUGCAUGGGUCUUGGGAUGGGACCUCCAGAGUUCGCCUUACUCCGCCACAGACAGAAUCUGAUGGUGUGUCAGGUGAAGUUGUCUAAUGGUCUACUGGUCCAUGGUCCUCAGUGUCAGUCUGAAACUGAAGCCAAAGAAAAGGCCGCUCUCUUUGCUCUUCAGCGCUUGAACUCGUUGGGUUCAUUCCCACUUCCUCCUCCUAUAUUCCCUGGAGUUCAACAGAUGAGGCCUCUUGCACCUCAUCCAUCUAUUUUUGGUCAGCCAGCAAGUGGUCUUUUGAUGCCCCCACAAGGUUAUGGACCUCUUCGCUGGGGUAUGCAACUGCCUCACCAGGGACAGCCAUUCUAUGGAGGUACUUUCCCUGGAGCACGGGGACCUGCACCCUCAGCAUCCAGUGGAUCUCACAACCAAUUUGUUCCCCUCCAGGUGACUAAAAAGCGGGUAUCAGGCCGAAACAAGAACCAAGAGGCAAAGCCGUUGUCGACCUCCUCUUUCCAUGCUGGUCAAAGCAGUGGACCAUCCCAACCAGCUGCUUCAGCUACCAAGACUCCCCCUCCCACCAGUAUUAAUGAGCCUGUACAAAAGCCCACCCCUACCACACCCAAAACACCAAGGCAAGGUGCCAACCCUCACACACCAGGCUCGGCAUCCAAGCGAAAACAAAGAAAACUGGCAGUCAACUUUGAGGCUGCUAAAGUGACAGACUGAAAUGACUGUGACUGACUGACUCACAGUUUUACUAUGCUGGCCAUCUCUUUAGCUCUCUUAAUGAUUAUAGUUACAAGGACUGAGUAUGCCGUUUCAAAAUGCAGUUAAAUGAAUCAUGCUUGAAGAGACGAAAUGUUUUUGUCUCUGGCUCUGAAACUGUUUUGUAUUUGUUUUCGUUGCCAUAUUUUGAGUGGAGUUAGUGGUGAGGACAACUUGUAUUGGUAUUAAUAAUUGCACCAAAAUGAUCAUAGAAUAGUUGAUUAUGAAACAGGUUUUACAUUUACUUUCCCUAUUCUAUUUUUUGACCCGAGAUCAAAUCCUGAAGCUUUUAUUAUAUUCACUGGUUACUUUCUAUUGCUGGAUUUUAAUAUUCAAAGUGCAAUAACUUGUUUUGUAGUAAUGGAACAUUAUGCACUAAAGACAUAAUGCAAUUUGGCACAAACCUCUGCAAUACAACAUCUUUACUGGUAUAUAUUUUUUUAUAUCACACAGUGAUGCGAGUCGAGCGUGGUAAGAAAGAGAAUCUUAUUACGAUGUAACUCCGAAAGCAGUAAAACUAUCAAAACUGAACCUUUGGAUCCAUUUUUAGAGGCUGUCCUUAAGAUCUUGAAACUGGAGAAAUUUUCAUAGACCUUAACUAGGCGAUGAGCUCAUUAUGUUUACCUGGCCAGAAAGCACAUAGAUUUAAGUCAAAUGUAACGUCUGUGGAUUAUUCGAUGUACUGGAUUUAAUGUGGGGGAUAAAUUUGAACACACCUGCCUUUCUAAUGAGAUGUUUGUUGUUCAAUUGAUGUCUUUUCAAAGGUUUUCGGACAUUUCAAACUGAUUUUAUUUUUGUAUUAGGCUACCUUUAUUUCUUGGGAAGAUUAUUAGGUUCUUUGAUUUUUAAUUGAAUUUUGUGUAUUUAGAUCUAUGGAUUUUAUAUACACCAUUUUACAAAUGGUAAAUAACAACUGUUAAUAUUUCUCUUUAAAACUAUGCUGGUCUUUUGAUUUUUUCAACUAAGUUUUAAAAUGUUAAAAAUAACAUUUUUAUUUUUAAAGACAUUGGGUUGUUUAUUUAAUGAAUUAAGAACCAGAAUGACAAAAAAUGUGCACCUUCUUGGGUGGUGUGCAGUAAAGACAUUUUGUUAUCAUAAUAAACUUUUGCUAUCACAA